GGCGCGUCCUACGCUAGGAGCGUGGCGGCGGUGGGCAGGCGCGGCGGCGGGGGCCGGGCGGGGCGGGCGGUGCCCCGCGAUGGCCCUGGGUGCCGGCGGCGCGGCGGGGCGCAAGGGGUGGCGGCGGCGGCGGGCGGCGUGACUCCGCCGGGGGGCGGCCACGCUGCAUGGGGGCGGGGGUCGGCUGCCAUGGAGGGGGUGCUGUACAAGUGGACUAACUACCUGAGUGGUGAGUUGCUGCCCGUCCUCAGCCUCUGCGCGGGGCGGCUUCCCUACCGGGGCUGGCAGCCUCGGUGGUUUCUUCUCUGUGGUGGCAUCCUGUCCUAUUAUGACUCUCGGGAAGAUGCCUGGAAGGGUUGUAAGGGAAGUAUCCAAAUGGCUGUGUGUGAAAUCCAAGUUCAUCCUGCAGAUAACACGCGAAUGGACCUGAUCAUCCCAGGGGAACAAUACUUCUAUCUGAAGGCAAGAAAUGCAGUUGAAAGGCAAAAGUGGCUGGUUGCACUAGGAACUGCCAAAGCCUGUCUGACUGACAGCAGGACACAGAAGGAAAAAGAGUUCACUGAAAACACAGAAGCCUUGAAGACUAAAAUGUCUGAACUUAGACUGUACUGUAACCUUCUUGUUCAGCAAGUGCAUAAAACGAAGGAAGCCAGCAUUGCUGCGGUAUCAGAACCAGAGAGCGGAAUUGAUAUGGGAGCUCUGUUAAAAUCAACCUGUGACACCUUCCUGAAGACUCUUGAAGAAUGUAUGCAGAUUGCAAAUACUGCCUUCACUUCUGAGUUAUUGCAUCAGACCCCACCUGGAUCCCCACAUUUAGCAGUUCUCAGAACGAACAAGGUAAAGCACUCUGUCUUGUCUAGUCACACCUCAACAGAAAGGCAGAUGGAAUUGAACCCCUGUGAAAAUGGCUCUGUAAAAGCAGAAAUUAACCAUCAAGAGCAAACCCUUAUUAAAAAUCUGGAAUGUUUAAACCUGGAGACAAAUGAGGGGGGAAGUGAUGUUUCUGUUGAAGAUGACAUGGCAGAGGGUUUGGCAGGCACUAAAGAAAAUGGAGAGAACAAGCUGCAAGCUGCAAAAAGCUCUGGUGCCCACAAGCUGCUGCAGUCAGAAACGAAUUCUUUAAGUGGAUUGACUCUGUGUGAGGAAGACAGAAAUGAAAAUGAUUCUCCUACCUUCUUCAGUGUCAUGAGCAAUAGGUUCAGCGAUAUUGAGCUUCGGGAGGAGGAGGGCAUACCAACAGAGGAGUUUCUGGAGUCGUGUUAUGCAAUUGUACCUGUUCUGGACAAGCUGGGACCAACUGUUUUUGCCCCUGUCAAAAUGGAUUUUGUAGGUAACAUCAAGAAAAUAAACCAGAAAUUUAUAACCAACAAAGAAGAGUUUGAUACCCUCCAGAAGAUAGUGCUCCAUGAAGUGAAUGCAGGUGUAGCACAAGUCAGAAACUCUGCUACGGAGGCUCUCUUGUGGCUGAAAAGAGGUUUAAAGUUCUUGAAAGGGUUUUUGACAGAAGUGAAGAAUGGGGAAAAGAAUAUCCAAACAGCUUUGAACAAUGCUUAUGGAAAGACAUUACGGCAGCACCAUGGUUGGGUUGUCCGCGGAGUCUUUGCUUUAGCUUUAAGGGCAGCUCCAACGUAUGAAGACUUUGUGGCAGCUCUGUCUGUAGAGGAGUGUGAGCCUCAGGAAGAAACAUUUUACAAAGGAAUGCAGAGGGACCUCAACAUUUACCUACCAGCCAUGGAAAAGCAGCUAAAUAUCUUGGACACUCUCUAUGAAGUACAUGGUUUGGAGUCAGAUGAGGUGGUAUGACUACAGCAAGACGGUGUCUUUAAACUUCAGGGACUGUGUCUGUUAACAAAGAUUUAUUUUGUUUUGGAUUUUUUUGGACAUCAUUUCUGUUCAUUGUAUCUUUUCAGGUGGGAAGAGUGUUGUGAGUGUUUUGGGGGAAGGGUAUGUAUGAUUUGUAUUUUUUCAUUGAUGCUUGUUUUGUGUUUAAAUGCGAAGGUACUGUUUCUCUUUGGGUCACAACUAUGUCCAUGAUGAAUGUUUUCUGACAGUUUCUCUCGUGCCUGUGCACUCCCUCUUCUCUUCACCUUGUAAAAGUAACAGAGCAGAUUUUGGCCUUUGCUCCCAUACCUUAGGAGAGAGCUGUGCAGGCAGCGGAGCGGUCGGGAUGUUGUGAUGGAGCCCAUGCAGGCGCUGCUGGCUCUGGCUCUCAUGUGCCCUGUGCCCACUCCCUGCCACGGCGCAGGAGGACAGAGGUAGCGAGAUUUAUUGUGACCUUGGUAGCAGAAGAGAAGGUCAAUUAAAUGCCACCUGAUAAGGUACGCGGUGAGUUUGUCCCUUAAUUUGGGUUGAAAGCUUUUUGAUGCAGCGCAUCACCAAAUAUUAGAGAGAUCUUCACCAUAAGCUGGUUUGAGCUUCCCUAGGAACCAGCCUUUGAAACUGGGUGUCGUGUUCCCUGACCACCUCCCAAUAUGUGCCACGUUCUCCCUGUCAGCUCCUGCCAGUGGACCACAAGAAAUUCGCUGGCACAGACUGGCAGAGCCCAGUGAAUUGCAAUAGUGCUUUACACAACCAAUUGAAGAUCAUGUCCGUCAUCCUGGUUUGUUAAAGUUUUGGUGGGAUUUUCUCUUUUGGGUUUAGGGUUUUCUUAAAUUCACACAAAAAUGUAGUUUUGAAUUGAAUAUGGCUAGCAGUUUAAAAAGCAGAUUUUAUUAAAGUCCUUCCUAGGCUGACAUUAUGGGCAGAGCCUUCAUGAAAGUGGACAUGAAAUGAGUGAAGCAUAGGGGAAGCUAGAAUUUGUCAUGGAGCCAUUACGCAUUGGGCCAAUUACAAACCUUAAAAUCCUAAAUUAUGUAGAAGUGACUGGAAAUUAGGAAAAUAAAAUUUGCCCUUUUCUCCAUUUUGCUGAUACAGAUAAAAAUGUGCUCUUAACACUGCUGCUAUUAAAAAUAAUAAAGAAGUCCUUUUAGCUAGUGAUAUGGUUAAGGACAAAAUUCCUAGUUGUGUUGAUGACUAGAGGGCUGGCUGUGAAUUAUUGGCUGCCCAUUCAAGGCAUAAGUGGGUCUCUCAGUGGUGACCUGCAGCUUCAGAUGGCUUUGUGCAAAGAGUUGAGCUUAACUCAUGUGCAGGAGGAGAGCAGAGUGUGAUAAUGAGGUACUUAGAAUUAGUAAAUCUUCAUAAAUACAGAAGAAGUUUCAGUGUCACCAUACUGACAGGAGAAGUACUGGCUUUUGCUAGGCUAAAAACCACAUUGUCAGUAAAAUGAAUGUACUGUGACGGGAACCUCUCUGAACACCAAAUACUUCAUCCUUUCUGAAGAGCCCAGCAUUGUGAGCUUUAAGAAAAGCAUGUGAUGCUUGAAGAAAUGACCAAACAUCACACUUGGUGUAUAAAACAAGAUACCAGAACUGUAAUUAGAUACCUAAACAGUGUGACUUCUUGUUCUGUCAUCUUCUCUGAGUAGUGCCUGUCUGUAGUUCCUACAUACACCAAGAGGAAUCAGAAGGAUGUGGGGGUUUUAGUCUUGUGGAUUUUCUUAAUUUAAGUAGUAAAUAUUUAUGUCUAAGUACAAAGUAAAAACUUUUGGCCAAAGUUUAUUAUUUAAUUAUUUCACUACUCGCAGUGCUCAAAAUGAAGUAGAGACCCUUUGGGAUUUCGCCAUCUUCUUCUAGGCAUGAAUGCAAAGAAAGCACCCCUGCAGCAGAACAGCCAUCUCUCCACCCUGCAUGGCUUCCUCAGGGUUUUCAGCUGUUAUGUGGGAAACUUUGCUGCAGUAGUUCUUAGCUGGAUGCUCUGGAAAGGUAAUGGAGACCACAUUUCCACAAAGUAUCAGCUGGGAUAUGCAGGGGGAGCAGGAAGAGAUCCCUUUUUUCUAGAAAUUAACUGUGAGAUCAUGAUGAGAAUUGGCUUCCCUUUUUUGCUCUAAGCUUUUCCAGUAGCAGGAAAGCAUAUUCAGCACUUAAAGUCUUGGAGGUAUUUUGGGGGGUUUGUGGUUUGGUUUUGUUUUGUUUUUUUUAACUAGUGAGAGAACCACUGUUUUGUUAGUAGUGCAUCAGGCCCAAGGUUUGAUGCAAAAAGUAAGGAGGCUUUAUUUUGUAAGCAGAGAACUUAACAGCUUCAUCAGGCCACUAGCUUCAGCAGUUACUAACUUCUAUAACUAACUUCUACCGUUCUUCUUUCUUCUAACAAAUAGAGAGUGGUCCACGUGGCAUCUUCUCUAAUCAGCAUGGCAUCCUGCCUCAAAGCAGGCUUUCUUGCCUUGGUCUGCUCUGUAAAGUUGGUGGUUCUGGGAAUGUUCUUAGCAGCCCAUAGUUUCAGGAGACCCCUGUGUGCUUGUUGUUCAAUAGGGGACUUAUAGAGCAGGAGCUGAGCAAGGUCUCCAUGCCUUCUAAACUUGUACUUCACCAUGCACUGCUCCUGCAGGGUGUUGACCACUUCUAAGGCUAACACAUGCCACCUUUCCAGCCAAAACACCACUAAGAAAGAAACCCAUGCAGCAUGUUGCGAAGCAUAACUCCCAGUUGUACCUCUAAGGAUGCAACAGACCAGAUGACCAAGGGGAAGCAAAUGCACUACGAGACAUUUCCCUUCCUUCUUUCUUUUCCUGUGGUGUCAGUUUGGCAAGCAGAGAGGAAUGAUUUUGAUUUUAAUAAAUGCAGAGAGCAAGCCUUCAAAUUUAGAGUUGGAGAGGGGGUUGGUGGGUUUUGUUUGAUAUGUUUGGUUCAUUGAUCAGUUGGGGUUGUUUUGGUUUUUUAAUGACUGAUAUUUUUGAACUGACCUGCAUACUGAUAGAGGUCCACGUGGCUCUCGGAGAACAGCACCCUUGCUCUAUAUACUUUACAUUAAUUGCUUUGGUUUCUCAGACUGCACUAGUCUAAAGUUUUGCAUCCUUUUCCUUUAGAAAUGCUUUCGGCUGUUUCCUUCAAUGUCUAACAGUUGCAUAUUCUCAGGGAUUUUUCUUAGCCAUGGCAAAAUAAGAGUAAUCACAGCCUUACCCCGGGGGACUAAGGCUGCUUUUUGUGAAAUUAGUAUAGCUGAGUGUAGAACUCUGAUACAGCACAUGACACCGAUGGUGUCUGUCCAGUGCACAACCUUGCUGAGACAUGGUAAAUCCCAAAGCAAUCUGAUAGAAGUGCUAUCUAGUACUGAAUAAUGGCUGUCAGCAUAUUUGAAUAGAGAUCAUACACACAUUUUUUAAUAUAGUGCCAUUGGCAUUAGACCAGAGCUCUGAAAUAAUUUCAGUCGAGUUCUGCUUAGUAAUGGGAGGCUUUUAUUUAUUUUAUUUAUUUUGUUGUUAUAUUUUUAAAAACAAACUAUGUUCUGGGGCCCCCUCUGCUAUUUUAAGACACCAUACUCAGUUGCAUAUUAAAGUUCUGUGACAUUACAAUUGUAGAAUAUGAACUGGAUACUCAAGUGCUUUAGUGUAAGCUGAAGGAGUCACUGAAAUAUCCCAUCUUGACACUGCUGUACUAUGGGUCUCCUUUUAACAUAUGCACUUAAAGGCUUUAUACCUUCACUUACAAGCUUUUUGUAAAAGGAUCAUCAAGAUUUAGGUUACAACUGUUUGCUUUAAAAAUGUUUUGUAGUUUGAAAAGUGUCACUUGGUUGGCUGGACAUAUAAAAAAUAUGCCCAAAAUGUGCUCCAGUUGUUGGCAGCGUGCUUUGGCAAAGGGGUGUGGACCAUUAUAGAAAACAGUGUUACAUAUGUCCAUAUGCUGGACUUGCUAACCUGUUGUUUUCAUUACCACUUCAGCUUUUGUGAAAAGCUUUAGGGAACCAUAAGCUGCCUUUCAGACACCAGAAAAGAUAAUUAACUCAUUCCUACCUGGCUGUCUUUCUCUCUUCCCCCACCUGGUCUCUACCCCUUCAUUUCCUCCCGUUCUCAUCUGCUUUGCUACAAGAGCUGUUGCUGUCAAGUCAAAGCAUCUUUCCAUAAGAGUGCAAAGUGGGAAGUUUUGUAAGUGAUACAAAUGUAAACUUGGAAAACAAGACGUGAAUUCUUUGUCAGGCAACGAAACAUACAGUCAGAUUGAGAAUGUACUGCUUUUCUCUGAAGUUUCUCCCUCAUUUGACAUAUUUUGCCAGAAAAAACAUAUACUUUGAACUUUACAUUUCACCAAUGACAUUUAAAUAGGACACUUCAGACUUGGCAGUUCUGCCUCUUGGGAGUGAAAGCACGGGAAUUUUUUUUUUUAAAUUACCUAUUUCUCUUGUCUUGCCUGUAUAGUGCAGGUGACAAAACAAAAAGAGAAGAAUGGUGGGAAUAACGGAGUUCAUGCCUCUUUGCUGCUUUCCGUAGCCCCUUGGUGAACAAACCCUUCAAACUGCUGCAUGCUCCAAGCAAUAUAAGAGCACCAUCGUGCAGAAGGGUUUUCACAGUGCACUUACUGGUUCAGAGCAAGCCCAGGCAGUAGCUGAUCCUGCUCACAGAUCACACAGGGAUUUAAGCACUUGCUUUGAAGUUAGAACACAGGCGCAUGCUUCACUUAAACACAUGCACCAUCCCACUGGCAUGCGGUUCUUCAAAAUGUAGCCUUUAACUAUCAUUUGUAAUAUCCCUUCGUUGGUAUGGGAUUUCUGCCCCCAGAUACUCCAGGUGUUCUAGAGGUGUGUUGUUUUUUCUUUUUAAUAUGCGAAACUUCUGUGUUUUCUUAUCCUGAUUUCUGCUUAGCACUUAAGUUUCUUAACUUUAUUUUGCAUCGCAGCAUUCAUGGGGUCCAAAACUUAAUAAUUCCUUUAUUUAAAGCCAUCUUGAAAGUUUGAGAUUUGCGUCUACUUGAAACUAAACAAGUAAAUUGCAUUCCAGAAUGUGGUGACUAAACUGAAAACCAAAGCAGCUUGCUUUUGUGGUUUCCUUGCCUGUUUUCUUUUUUCAAGCCAAUUUUGGGCAUACAUUUUAUCAAUGUCAAGCUGAGCUUCCUGCAAGCCUUACUUAUACAUUCUAAAGCACAUUAUAUACAUACUGAAACACAUCUAAAGAUAAAGAGAAGGUAUAUUGCCUUACACUUUAAAUUUACUUUAUUCUAGGGGCUUGUUCUUGCCCCCAAAAUCACCUCUUCCAGUGUAAGCAUUGCACAAAUUGUGCCGUCAUAAGCAGUUCAGUCUGAAAUAUGUACUUUGGAGUUUCCAGUCUGCAUCAUCCCUCAAAUCAUACAGCAUCUGUCUCUUCUUUUGGAGCAUUGUUAAACCCUUUGUCAGACUUUUAUAUUAUUUCAUUACAAUAAACUUAUUUUAAAUAAGCAUGUUUUAAAAUCUCGCUUUCUCUUUGCAUGGGUUUUGUUUCUUUUAUUACAACAGAGGGCCUAAAGUGCUCUUCAGGAAUGCAUCUGUUCUAGGUACUGUGUGAACAGUCAAAAACAGUAUGUUUCUGGUUCACAGAAACUGCCUGUCUGUAUCUUUGUAUGAAGAAUGUUAACACACAUGGAGCCUGUUUUGACUACGAGAAUAAAGCUGUUUCUGGCA